UGGUAUAAAGCAGUGCUAUGAUCAGUUGCGGUUAAUAAUAUGAAAAAUUUCUUGCGGUAAUUCUUACAUGUCAUGGAAGACGUUUCUUUGCAAAAUUACCGAGAAAAAAUACACGAGACAUAAACAUGAUGAUCAAAGCUAGAAAGUUAUGUACACAGGUUAAAUGCACAAAUUGUACAGAUCGGCCUGGUUAUCGGACAAUGUUUUCAAAUUGCUCUUUGGUUGGAAACUUAAAUCUUGUGACCACACAUUUUGAAAAUUUUGACCACUGUUUACCAAAAUAUGUGAGUUAUUAUAUUCAAAUGGCAUCCAUUUGGAACGACAAAGGAUUGGCUAGCAUUUGGAAAUCUAUAAAACUGCAAAUGAACAACAAUGGAUAUGUUUGUUUCUAUUCACAUGACCUUCUGCACAUUCUGUUUGCAGUAAAUUAUUUUGAAUUAAACAAAUUCGACUUUGAGUGGCAAAAUUAUCAGAAAUGUAAAAGUAGCCAUGAAAUAAACAAAUGUUUUACAAAUCAAAUAAUUGAUGGCAGAUAUUCAAAUCCGAGCAAAAAGGAACAUAUUCAUAAUAUAGAAAAGAGUGUGAGUUUAUGCAAUACAAAAAAGUCAAUGUCCGUUCAGGAUUUCCUAACCAGUUAUCAAGUUGAAAGUGAUUGUAUUCAGUUAUGGAAGAAAUUUGCAGCACAAAAUGCUAGACUUAUUAUAAAUACCCUUAUCGGUAAAUCGAUUGGAGAUAACUUUGAGAAUAACGGAAAAGUUCAUACAGAUUCGUCUCUAAGUGUACUUUUAAACUGUAACUACAAGCACACGUGUGUGCAUCCGCCUUGUUUGCAUAAGAAGAUAUCGAGUAAACGUUUACAGAGGUACAUAUGUGAUAUACGCUCGGAUGAUUUACACACAAAUUUGAAUUUAAAUCAGGAUUUUAUCCAAAGAAAAAGAAACGUCUGCUUACUCCUCUUAUCACUACAGCAAGGUGAUGAUCCGGGUUGCGGAAAGCACGUUAUUGAAAUCACUUCCAAAAUAAGACAAAAACCAAUACCUUACUAUGCACGUAGCUCUUUGAUUUAUAUGUUUUCUUUGAUUUGUGUGUUGGCGUAUGAAAGCUUAAGACGAAAUGAUAAUAAAAACAGGACAAAAGAAAUAUCGGAGAAAUUAUCUUCACUCUUAGACAGAAAACCAUCAAUUACGAAGAUACAGAAGGAUCGACGUAUCCUCCAGUCUUUACUCGAGCUUAAAACUAUCAAUGUAUGCCAAGAUAUAACUGCAUAUCCAGUUAGUCGAAUGUCACUGAAUAAUAUUUUAGAUAAAGAAAGUUCGGGAUCUUUGUCAGAAGGCAGAAUGAAUAAUGAACUUAUGCGACUUUCAACAUUAUCCAAUUUUCCAGUACAUGGAAUAAGUCUUAUUAGAUUGGCAGAAGACGGGUUCUUUUCCGAAGGAAAUGGAGAUGAGCUAGUUUGUUAUUGCUGUGGAAUACGCUUAAAAGGUUGGAGGACUGAUAGCAACCCAGCAGAUAUUCAUCAAAAGAAUUCUCCAAACUGCCUACAUAUUCUAGAAAAGAAAUCAGAUCCAGUGGAUCUGUUAAGCAGCAGAAAUUCAAUAACAACUGAUGGCAGAACAGAAGGCAGCCAUGCAAACGUAUCCAAUGGGGAUAUUACCUGUGAGCAAAUCAUGUGUACCGAUGCAGGACAUGAGGACAGUUUCGAUAGCUUGUUGAUAUCUACAUCUCAUAAUGCUGCACAAUUUCCGUCGAAUAUGCAGGGAAGCACAUCGAGCAAUAUCGCAUCAGCUUUUCUUAGCCAACAGUCGGAAAGAAUAUUCUCAAAUAUGACAAAUCAUGUGUCAUCUUCGAUGUCAAUGACGGAAGGCCAAUCAACUGGUCAGCAAUAUCCAAGCUCAAACAACUCAGUACAUUAUUUUGCAGAAGGAUAUAGACUUUCUGAUAGUGAUUAUGGAAGGGAACAUACCUUGUCUCGCAAUCCAUGUUCUUACUAUAUUUUAAGCAAUUGGCCCCGGUCAUCCAUAAGUUCUAUGAAUGGUAGGACACCAUUUUCAGAGCGGCAGUUAUCAAUGGACGGUGAGCCAAAUUUCAGUCACGAUUUCAAUCACCUAUCAUUAAUGUCUGAAGAACAAAUGUUACUUUCUAGAGAUAACAAUCAACCUCAAGAUACAGACUUAUCUUUACCAUCUCAACAGAUAUUACAGAGAUUACCAGACACUUUUGAUCAGAAUAUACCAUACACAAGUUAUGACGAAGCAUUAAGUACAGAUUCCACCGCACACCGUCCGGCAAGACCGUCACAAUUGAAAUACCCUAACUAUGAGUCACUUCAGAGCAGGAAAGAUUCGUAUUUUGAUUGGCCAGCAUAUAGAAGUUUUCUUCACCCUUAUGACCUUUCUGAGUGUGGAUUAUUCUUCACUCAUUUUGAAGACUGUGUGAGAUGUUUUCAGUGUGGAAUCGGUUUGAGAAACUGGGAAGAAAAUGACAAUCCAUGGGUAGAACAUGCACGGUGGUCCCGCAAAUGUCAGUAUUUAAUAAGAAGGAAAGGACAAGGAUUCAUUGACAGCGUCGUACAAUUGUUGAGAUUAGAAACGGAUGAAGAAAUUGCACAAAGUUUGGCACCUCAACUUAACCUAGAUGAACUUACAACCAUCAGAAGAAACCCACUUGAGCACAAAGCUGCCAUAUAUGUUUUGUGUGAAAGAAUAUUCGAUAACAAAGAACUGGUUCAGGAGUGCAUGACCACACUACUAAAAACACAUAAUUGGCAUUCGAUUACGAGGGACCUUUUGGUUACUUCCAUUCUUGAAAAAAAUGAAACCACUUCUUCUGGAAGCAGUAGCGGUCCAGAUACUGCUACUGACAAAUUGAAUAAUUCCUGGAAUGGUGUCAUUGAAAACAAUCAAAAUGGUUUACUAGAUAAACCAGAGAUCACAUUACCAACUAAAGAUUUAAAACCGAUAGACAUGGAUAUUGAGAGAAAGAGUAAAGCUGAUGAUGACCCGGACACACUUCAAAAAGAGAAUGAAGAACUGAAAGAUUUAUACACGUGCAAAAUAUGUUUGGAUGAGAAAGUCGGUGUAACCUUUCUACCGUGUGGACAUUUAGUUACCUGUAAAUUGUGCUCUCCAAAACUUCGGAAAUGUCCUCUUUGUCGAAAAUUUAUCCGCAGUACAAUCACAACUAAGGUAUAGUCCAAAUAAUUUAUAUCGUGUUGCAUUCUUUGAGAAAGAUCUCAGCAAUAUUGGUUGGAAAUAUCAAGACCCGCAAACAAAGUAUGACAACAUCCACUGCUUGUUAUACUAGGUGUUCUUAAGUAUAAAGUUAAAAAGGACAGAUACAUGUGUUUUGCUGAUAAUACCUUAUCAUGUCAUUAAUAAAUUAGUAAUAGUGGAUUUCAAGUUAGAUUAUGCUUUGUUUAACGAUUCAUAAAGAACAAUUGUUUUACUGUGUUGACUAUGUUCUAAAAAUGUAAAAAAUAUCGUUGUUUCUCAUACUUUUACAUUCUAAAAAUUGUAUUUAUUCUGCUUUAAUAGUAACUUUUUUUUUCAAAUUUAAUCAAAUAUUAAUGAAUAUGUUCAUUGCAUGAAUGUUGUUAGUAUUGACUUUCAAUAAAAGGAAUAUGUAUAACAGUAACCUGCAAACAAUGAAAUUUGUUACAAUCGUGUAGCCUUUAGUUGCUUAAUAGUGAGUGUUUAAGUUUAUGUUAAAAAAACCCAUGAUACAAUAUUAGAACAACGAUGUUGUAUCCAUGGCAGUGUAAUUUAAGCAAUACUAUUAAUGAUAAAAGCAAACUAACACGAAACAUUUGAGUAAAUAUGUUUUGACAAUGUAACUUACAUUUUCGAAAUGAAAUGAAUAAACCUACUGAAAAAGUUCAUACCUUCUCAGCGCCUUUUUGAAAAUCUACCAUCAUUAGGAACACUCAAUUCCAAACAUUUGAAAUCCAAGGAUGUAUAAGACCAAACAUAUUUAGUUUCUUAAUUUGUAACAAAAUAAUUCAAGAUAAUUUUGUUAUAAAUCAUUCCAGUAACAAAGCACUGACUACUAAGUUUGUGAUUUCCUCGGUCCACAAGAAAAUAUGUACAAAUUUGGUAUUUGUCAUAUGCAUACCUAUGUUUACCAUGUAUGAAAUAAGUCGUCAUAUGGAAGAUCUUUGCUUUUCUCUGUUUAUUCUAUUCACAACUUUUUGAUGAUAAAGAGCUUUACCUUGAA